CACAAAAUUCAGGUAGGAGGGAUAAUUGGCCGGUGGAGGGGACGGACGAUCCAGUAAGUAAAUCAGACCUCCUCCUCCUCCUUCUUCCCUCCACCUUAUCGCGGUGCUAUUUUGUGUUCCCGUUUUGCCCUCUCCGACCAGGCUACCUAGAGAUCUCCAGCAAGAGCCACAAUUUUCCUUCGAAACUGUGAAAACUGAGGUCGUCGUCGUUCUCGAUUUCUGUGCUUUUCUUUAUCCUGAUAAGUCAAAAUGAGGCCGUCUCAAUGGAGCGAGGUUCCUAAUGCAGUGUCAACCUCAAAACAUCCGAAUCAUAAGCACAGUGGAAGCAAUGUUUUCCGAUUGCUAGUGCAAAGGGAGGUAUCACCCAGGACAAGGCAUUUGAGAAAAAGUUUAUCAGUUGAUACCUAUAGGUUAAAAUGUGGUGCCAAAAAGGAUGCAAGAAGUGGUCUUGCCUCAUGGUUGGAGGCUGAGUCAAUGCUGCAUUUAACGGCCAAGUAUUGCCCUCUCGCCCCUCCUCCUAGGUCAACUAUUGCUGCCGCCUUCAGCCCUGAUGGGAAGACACUUGCAUCAACACAUGGUGAUCAUACUGUCAAGAUAAUUGAUUUCCAAACUGGGAAAUGCUUAAAGGUGUUGACAGGUCACCGGAGGACACCUUGGGUGGUCAGAUUUCAUCCUUUAUAUCCUCAGAUACUAGCAAGUGGAAGUUUAGAUCAUGAAGUUCGGCUAUGGAACGCACAUACUGCAGAAUGCAUUGGAUCGCGUGACUUCUAUCGACCUAUUGCAUCUAUUGCUUUCCAUGCUCAAGGGGAACUUUUGGCUGUAGCCUCAGGCCACAAACUUUAUAUGUGGUACUACAACAGGCAAGGAGACGCAUCAUCACCUACAAUUGUAUUAAAGACACGUCGAUCACUACGGGCUGUCCAUUUUCAUCCUCAUGGUGCCCCCUUUCUUUUAACUGCUGAGGUCAAUGAUUUGGAUUCUUCAGAUUCGUCAAUGUCAUCAGCUACUUCUGCUGGUUAUUCUAACUAUCCUCCCCCUACUCUAUUUCUGGCAGAUGCUCACUCUGUGCAGAGAGUAGAGGCUGCUUCCUCAGUGCGGCUCCUCACAUAUUCUACUCCCUCAGGGCAAUAUGAACUUAUACUGUCUCCUAUUGAACUUGGUCACUCUCUUGCACAAAGUGAGCCUCAGACUAAUUCCUUUCCUGGAGAAAUGGACAAUGGUGUAGCCCAGCCUGCAAUGGAUAUGAUGGACACUACUGGAGCACAUCCUGAAGAGAGGAGCAAUCAGUUUCUUCCUUACGUCGAUCCAGCCUAUUGGGAAUUGAGGUUCUUACAUGGCUGGUUGGUUGGCCAUAGCCAAGCUGGCCAAGGAACAAACCAUCUUCCCAUUGGUGGUCAUCAUGAAGGUUCAUCUGCAUUUGGUCACCUAGAAAAUCAUACUUCAGGCAUUCCAGUCGGCAUGCCAUCCAACUUGGGCCAAUCUAGACUCCAAGGAAGAUCUGGCUUUGUCUCAGCAACUAGAAUUGGUGAAUCUCAUGUUUCAAAUAACAACAUACGCAAUGAAAGUGAUGCUGCUCAUUUCUUUGUCAGCCGAAUUCAUUCUGAGCUUGCCACAUCACUUGCAGCAACUCCUUCCGAGUUACCUUGUACUGUAAAACUUAGAAUUUGGAAACAUGAUAUAAGAAAUACUUGUGCACCUCUUGAUGCUGGGAAAUGCCUCUUAACCAUUCCACAUGCUGUACUUUGUAGUGAGAUGGGUGCCCAUUUCUCACCUUGUGGCAGAUAUCUAGCAGCUUGUGUUGCAUGCAUGUUGCCUCAUGUAGAAGUUGAUCCUGGACUACUUAACCAGGCCAACCAGGAGACUGGGGCUUCAACAUCCCCAACAAGACAUCCGAUCACGGCUCAUCAAGUCAUGUAUGAGCUUCGUAUAUAUUCCCUUGAAAAAGCAACAUUUGGUUCAGUACUUGUGUCAAGGGCCAUCAGGGCUGCUCAUUGCUUAACAUCGAUUCAGUUUUCACCCACGUCCGAACAUUUGCUACUUGCCUAUGGCCGUCGUCAUUGUUCACUUCUUAAGAGUGUUGUGAUUGAUGGAGAAAUGACAAUACCUAUCUACACAAUUCUAGAGGUCUACAGAGUUUCGGAUAUGGAACUUGUGAGAGUCCUUCCAAGUGCCGAGGAUGAAGUUAAUGUAGCUUGUUUUCAUCCCUCAGUUGGUAACGGCCUUGUAUACGGAACAAAGGAAGGGAAGCUUCGAAUCCUCCAUUGUGAACGUUCUCAUAGCAUAAUUCAUGAGAGAUCCAGUGAUAUUGAUGAGAACAUGCUUGAGGUCCCAAGAUAUGCACUUGAAUGCUAGUUAACAAAUAGCUGACGGAUGAUGAUGACAUGAGGUCUACAUCAAGAACUUAGUGAUGGGCAAUCAUGGACAUUGACAAAAAUACAAUCAGAUCAAAAUGAAAAAAAAAAUUAAAAAAUUUGCUUGACAUUGAUGACUUGGAAGAAGAGGGAGGGUAUUUGCUUCAAGUAGAGGAGCUGCUGGAUGAAGUCAAUUGAGGGUUUAUUAUUUAUCAAGUACAUAUACAUACAAGAAGUAAGAUUAUGAAACUUGAAAUUAUAAGUUCAAAGUACAAAACCCAUCGUCCAAAAUGCUGCUUCUACCCUGGCUUUGUGCAGACUUGUGUAGUUGUAAAUUGGGUUAGUGUUAAAUCGAUACAAGCAUGAAGCAACUUAUUGUAUGGAUAUAUUGUUAUUAUUCUAUGAAGAGAAAAACUUGAAGCUGGUUAUAA